CGGCCUCACGGCUCUCUUUCUGUGUAUCUGUGUGUUGACGACGACGAAGCUGGCGCGGGAAGCAAGUGACCUGAUCCGCAGGGUCCGAAUUUACCUUUAUGCCCUCCCAGACGACAUUAACUGCAGAGAUAACCUCCAAUUGAAUUCCCUGACGCUUCCUUUUUUGCUCUGCGUUCGUCUUCUUCCUGUGUGUGAGCAAUCAAUCACUUCGUUAUUCACACAGGCCUGCCUUUAAUGGCCGCCUGACAACCUGCAAUUGCUUCCUUUUCGGAAUUUAGUUGCUCUCGCCAAACGCGCCAUUCACUCUUUCCUUCUUUUGAAUUCUCAUGGAAUUUGCUUGAUCUCAAUUUUUCAUCUUCAGUGGUUGGUGAGGCGGUGCGAGUUUAGAGUCAAGGAGCGGGGUUUGAAGUGUCAUUGUGCAGUUGAUGGGGAGCCGCUGUGUCUUUCCGUUGACAAGCUUGCAAAUUGGGGAUUUGCAAUCUUAUCUUUCACAUCUUAACCUUUUCCUAGCUCAUGAGAGUAAUAAAAUUUACAUAUUGGUGGACAACCGGCCAUGGUUGAAAGAUCUCAUCUCCCGCCCUACACACUUGUGGCAGUUAAUGGUCACCAAGUCCAGGAUGUCCCCGUUUGCAAAUACUAGAGGCCGGAAGGACAAACGGGGUACAGGAAAUAUGCAGGAAAUGCAAACUAAUUCAGAAGCAAGUACAAGUGAAUCUGACAAGGUUAAAAGAUGGUUUUCUCUGAUUGAUGCUGCAACCUUAUCCAGGAAAAGGGCACUAUUACCUGUGGAGAAAUUGAGGAAUUCUUUUAUAUCAAAUAGCAAACUGCAUAGGACCUUAUAUGGGUUCAUUGUGUUUGAAGUGUCUUGGAAUGAUGUCCGUGGCCUAAAUUAUUUAAAUGAGCUUCAGACAGAUACAUCACUUGCUAUAGAGGCUAAACUCAUGAGAAGAUGGGAAUUUGAUAGUGUAUCACAAGCUGCUAGAUGCAUACAUUUGUGGUUCCCAGGGACAGACACUGAGCAAAGUAUUUUGGGAGAAUACUUGAAUACAAUAGGAGAGGUGUUUUAUGACGCUGAAGAAAAUAUUUUGAGGACUAGCGACAUAGAUGGAAGUGUUGCUACAGUUGAUGAUAUAUGUGCCAAAGAUGAGACUCCUAGCAGUUCGAAUGCAAGUUUUAGUCUGUACCCAGAAACAAUAGAAAACAAUCCAUUCUGUACACCACCUGCAGCUGGACCUUAUAAGAGAAGAAAAGUUUUGAAGUCCUGCAUUAGAUCCGAUUUGUUCUCUGAAGAAUCAUUUUGUGAAACCAUUGGAUCACCAAUACAUUCACAAAGUAAUUAUUCAAGUGAGAGUGAGGAUGUAGUUGAAGCUACUGGGUACAAGGAUAUUUUGAUUUUGUUUAGGUUUAAUGAUUGUGACCUCCCUUUUAAAUUGAAGGACAUUAUCAUGUCUGAUCUGCGGCUUCUUACCCUAUUGGAGACGGGGCUUCCAUCAUGGGCUAUCUUCCUUCAGUCUUAUCCAGGAUUUUCCCGUCUUUAUCGUCCAUGGAUGUGCCCUCUUGCAAGAUUUUUAUAUGUGAUAAUCUCAGUAAUUACCGUUCUUAUAGGAUUUUAUGAUCUAUACAAAAAUGUGCCUCUUCUUAAAGCAACAGCAUCUCAUUUGUUUGGACCCCUUUUUGAUUGGAUAGAAACAUGGGAAAUGAUAUCAAGAAUUAAGUACUUGGGGACAAUGUUGUUUCUUCACAAUUUUGAGAAGGCCGUUAAGUGGUUCCUCAUGAUGACGCGUCCUGUUCAGUCAUUUCUUUCAUUUCUCACAAUGCCAAUGGCAGGACCAUUACUUGGGUUUUUGGACUUCUUACUUCCUUUCUGGAACAUGUGUACAGAACUUGUGGGGAGUUCUUUUUCAAUAAUAUGGAUGACAUUGGAGACUUCUUGCAGUCUGGUGGGGGAAUUUGUUGAGAUUCUAUUUUUGCCAUUCUGGUUUCUUCUGUCUGUUAUCUGGAACAUUGUGACAUUUUUGUUAAACCCUGUCUUUUGGCUUCUAUGGGAAAUACUCUAUUCCCCCAUUCGCUUGGUCCUGGGAUUGUGCAGUCUUGUCUCUGGUUUAUGCAUUUGUAUAUAUAGUAUAGUUCACGACUUGUGGCUAUUUUUGAGUAGCCUUAUCCGGUUCACUUCAGAGGUGGAAUCAACAGUGACUUCGUAUGAGGUUUCCAUGUGGCGUUCACUUUGGAAUGACAUUUUCUCCCGGAUUUUUCGUGCUGUUCGAAGCAUUUUUAAUGUUCUUGUUGCCGCCUUAACUGCCUGCAACAGGCAUCGCCUGAGCACUUAUAAUUAUGUACAAGGGUUUAUUCAAAGAUUAUGUCGGCCGGGUAAGAGUAUCUGCUCCAAAGACUAUAGUGACAGUAGACAAAUAUCUCUGGCUCAAAGGAUGUUGGAUGAUGAGGAAGUCUAUCAGCACGGACGGAAAUUCAGAAAGAGUAAGAAAUGAUGUGAUGAGAAGGCAAAGAUCCUCACAAUGUACAGAGUAAACCAGGGUCUGAGGUUGACAGUUUUUUUGUAGAGUUGAAGCUCCACGUUAAAGAAAAUAAUGUCAUACGGAAAAUUUAUUUAAUUUUUAUCCCCUUUCCUUCUGUUCUUUAAUCUUUUGUAAGUGCUGCCACUAUUGUAGCUGAGGCAUGUACAUAACUGUAUAUAUAGAGGUGUAAUUAGUUUAUACUGCGUAAAAUAAAUUAAAGGUUCGAGCUCGAGAAAUCAUUUUAAUAUUUAGUUUGAGCUAAAA